AUGUCCGCAAGAGCGUCAGAGACACCUUCUUUCCCGGAAUGCUUCGAGAGAACGAGGUCUACAGAUGGGAAGAGCUUGCCAAAAUUGCUAAUGCUAAAUACGAUGCCGCAAGAGGAAACGUCACCAGACAAGGCCAACAUAGAACGUAACCUCAGUGAUUCCUCAACGCUUCGAGGCUUGGCCCGUUCAGGAGCGUAUUCGGAAGACGUAUUGGCUCCGGCGGGACAAGCGUCCGGACUGUUCUGGGGCGUGUUGUGGGGAUAG